AUGUAUCUCUGCCAGAUAGCAUCAACAGCUCCCACCCCAACAGGUGACUGCUCCACCUCUGUGGUGGCCAGAAAUGCACAGGUGGAGACAGCCUUGGAAAAGAGGCUCAGUGAGAACCCCAUGUUUGCUGUACAAAAUGCUAAAAUUUCUGCUAGCCAAAUACCCAGGAAAAGGCCAUAUAUGUGUGACAUCUGCUACAAACAGUUUAAAUCUCCAUCCAAAGUAACUAGGCAUUAUCUUAUACACACUGGCCAAAAGCCAUAUGAGUGUCAUGCAUGUUGCAAAACUUUUAGGCAGUUGGUCCAUCUGGAAAAAUAUCAGCUCACCCAUAAGCUGCCUUUUAAGUGUAACAUUUGUCACAAGAACUUUAAAAAAAACAUAAUCACAUUCCAAAGGCAUCAACAGCUUCAUGAUGAGAACUAUCAGGGUGAUGCUGAGCAAACUGAAAGACCAAGAUGUGCCAGGCAAGAGAGACCUGAGCAUAGGAUGUUGUGCUGUUCCAUUUGCCAACCCCCCCCCACUUUUCAACAAAAAUGCAUGAGAUCUGAUCAUCUGCACAGUGCCAGAAGGAAGAUCAUACAUAUAUGCCAGACAUGUGGUAAAAUCUUUCCUUGACAGUCUAAGUUGCAUCAACUGUUGCUCUUCCACACUGGCCAGAAGCCAUUUAAGUGCUACAUAUGUGGUAAAUCUUUCAGGCAGAAAACACACAUGGGAGAGAAGCCUUCCCAGUGUUCUCUUUGCCACAUGGGAUGUAAAGCAAACUCAUGGAUGCAAAGCAAACUCCUGAAAAAAAAAAUCCUGCAUCCCCCAAACCAGACUUUCUCUAGAGUGGUGUGCAAAGCAAAGAACCCUAUGUACCCUAUGCCACAGACACCACUGGGAGGAAUAUCAAAAGAUGUUGAGACUGUAACUGCAUAUGACUCCCAGGAGGCUGACCAUCUUGGUUUCUACUGUAUUUAUGUUGGACCUUACCAGUGCACUGUGUGAGAGCAAUGUUUGCAAAAAGAACAGAUGUUGGAUUUGCAGAAGUGUGAGGGAAACAAAAAAAAUUUGAUAAAGCAUCAAAAGCUUGUAUAUAGGCCUACCUCUCCAAAGUCAGCAUCAAAACAAAACUCUUGA